CACUAAGCAGGCCGGUCACAUGACCGUAUGAGGUCAUUAAGCUGCUGCUCGGAAAGCUGUUGCCUGCUGCUUCCAUGUUCACUUUCGUACAGUCCUUGUUUAGUGCCGGAAGAAGUCCCUUUGUACGAUCAUGUGCUAUAAAUUUACUGGAACGACGGACUGUACAUUGUACAAGAUGUCUUUGGAAGUUGGAUAUCCCCAUGGAGAAAAACUCUGCGGCCGAGGAGAUAGAGGAGAGCAUGGACCAGGCCUAUUCAGCACAGCAGAGAGACACAAUCUUGCAUAUGUUGAACACUGUGUCAGAGAGGCAGCUGAAGCGGGUUAAAGUGCUGCAGGGAGGGAUGUCUGCCCAGAUUAUUCAAUACCGAGAGGCUCAUGGACCAUUCUUAGAUCUUGAUACUUUAAGCAAAGUAGCUGAUGUUAAACACAUUAAGAAACUCUGUGAUUCAAUGCUGAGCAACACAGCCAGUUCACGGGAGAGAGGGCAGACAGCCAAAUUUAUAAAGCCAGACAUCUCCAUGCACAGGCUACAGACUGUAGAAAGCAUCGUAUCCAUUGUAUUUGGAUUAAAAAAAAUAGCCUGGGCCCAUGUAGACCGUAACAUGACUGUGAAAGACUGGCAGCAACACGAAUGGCUUCGAUUCAUGAAGGGGAAGCAGCAGCCUGAGGUUUACCUGGAAGAUGUAUCAUCAGCAGUGUCUAAACUUCCAGAAGCGGAUAUUUAUAUAAUGGAAAAACCAGCUAUUUCUUUUCAAAGCACCACAUUGUUUCCUGUGAUGUUGCAUUUGCACACGGUUGAAGCCAUGUUGUAUGCAAUGCUAAACCCAUGUUUUACAGCGGAUCAGGAUCACAGGGUAUUCAGUAUGGCUAGAAACAUAGUCGGAAAGCACUUUGAUAUCAUGGUGGGGGAGUCAAAAACCAGUGGUGUGAACAUUGUACAACGACUUGUGGAUGAGGCUGUAACGCGGGAGCAACCCAGAAUUUACUUUACACAAGAUAUUAUUCAACAGUACAAGCAUAAGUUCCAGUCCAGAGGGCAGAACCGGAAUGAGGAAAUGUGCGAUGCCCUGCUGCAAGCAGUCACCUUCUAUGAACUCGCGACAUCUAGAAUUUUGCAUCCUGAAUAAUGGCGAUAUAUAUUCUACAUUCUUUGUUGGCAGUUACAUUGCUGAGAUUUGGUGUUGUGGUAUUUACGUUCACUGGAUCAAUGUAUGGUAUGUAGAAGUAAUUUUACCCUUAGGUUGUUUUUCCAUGUGCUGGAGUACCAACUAGACUGACUGCAGUGUUGCUCAUUGGGUUAUCUGAGUAGAUAUUCUGCUGAUCAUGUUCCAAAGAAAUAGUUUCACGCAAAUAUGAUCUGUAAAUCACUUUGCCAAUUUGUUUUGAAACUAUAAAAAAAACAACAACA